AUAUUAUUUCUGCCAGGCCCCUCUCAGUUUGUCGAAAUUUCAGACUUGAAUAAUUAAUUAUCAAUUUCCAAUAGUUUUUAAUAUUGUAAUCAAUAGUUUAAUAUAUCAAAAUGAAUACUGAAAAUGUUAAGCGACCUGAUAGAAUUGUUCGCUAUAAACCAGUUGUAGCUCAAUCUGGAGCCGUAGCAGGACAAGAAGAUCUCAUGCCUGAUUAUUUGAACAUCCUCGGAAUGAUUUUCUCCAUGUUAGGACUAAUGAUGAAAUUAAAAUAUUGUGCAUGGAUUGCAUUAUACUGUUCAUGUAUUAGCUUUGCAAAUAGCAGAGUAACAGAAGAUGCAAAGCAAGUUUUAUCGUCAUUCAUGUUAUCUGUAUCUGCAGUUGUUAUGAGUUAUCUUCAAAAUCCUUCUCCAAUAUCUGCUUCAUGGUCAUAAAAAUCGAUUUAUGUAUUUAUUUUCAAUCAUUCUUUAUUUCAUAUGUAAUCAAAUAAUAACAAUAAAAAGUGGUGACAACAAAGGCAUGUGCAAUGACACAAAAUUAAGACUAA